CAAAACAGUGGAGCCACACGUGCGCAACAAGUUUCGAAAUUGAUUUUCAACUUUCCGAAUUCGAACUGUGACAGUUCCCCUCGACAAAUAUUUGACACGUUUCUUCGUUGCCAACACAACAAAUAAAAAAAUGGUUCUACUCAACAACGAAGAGUUCUUAACACAGCUGACGCUGUUAACAUCGAGGGCACGAAACGAUUCAUCGUUUACAGUCACAUUCAAGCGAUACGAUGGCCAUGAUAAACCAAAACCAAGAGAGGGUAAACCACCGCUACCGAUUUCGGAAUACAAGUGCCUGAUCCGGGCGCAGUCCAAAUCCAAAAAACUUAGCACCGUUGUGAAUCAGAAUGAAAUUCUGAAAUUUAUGGAAGCGUACGGAAAAGUGAUGAAAACGAGUAUGGACGGGCUGAAAAAAGUGAAAAAACCGAAAAUCAAAUCGAAAGUUGCUCAGUGAUAAUGUUUCAUAUGAGAAUUAACGUUUUAUCGGUUGAUGGAUGAAUGAAAAGACUAAAGAGAGAUGCAUUUUGUCAAUUUUUAUUUAUUAUUUUUACGAAAUGAAAAAAGAAAUUGAGAAAAGAAAAACAACAACAAAAUUCCAAACUUAAAUUCGGGAUCAGCAAAAAUUGGUUUUAUUGAUUUAAAAAUGGUGUAAACUAAUAAUUGGAGAAAAUGGCACGAAUAUCGAACAUCCCAAAAGAUCAAUUAAAUUGUGUGUGUGUAUGUUUUGCCUAAAAUGAAUAUAUACAACAACUCUAUAUACCAAA